CUUCUCUACCGGCUGAUAUAAAUAAAACUUCAGCAUGUCUUUCAUUGGCCGCACACUGCUACGUAACGUCCCACUGCUGAGGAAAGCCGUGGCUGGGCAGCAAAAAUUCGCUGCACGUUUGCUGCACCAGACUGCGCCGCUAUGCACCGUGCGCGUGCAACAGCCGGCGCCAAACUUCAAGGGCCUGGCCGUAGUAGGCAACGACUUUCAGGAGAUUAAACUAGAGGACUAUAGAGGCAAAUAUCUGGUGCUGUUUUUCUAUCCCUUGGACUUCACCUUUGUUUGCCCAACCGAAAUUGUUGCAUUUAGUGAACGUAUAAAGGAGUUCCAGGACAUUAACGCCGAGGUUGUGGGUGUAUCGGUGGACUCACAUUUCAGCCACUUGACCUGGUGCAAUGUAGAUCGCAAGAACGGUGGUGUUGGCAAACUCAACUACCCACUGCUAUCUGACAUCACAAAGCAAAUCUCAGCCGACUACGAUGUGCUAUUGGACAAGGAAGGCAUCUCCCUACGUGGCACAUUUAUCAUUGACCCGAAAGGGAUCUUGCGUCAAUACUCUAUUAACGACCUGCCUGUUGGCCGUUCAGUCGAUGAGGUGCUGCGCUUGAUUAAGGCCUUCCAGUUCGUUGAAGAGCACGGCGAAGUGUGCCCUGCCAAUUGGAAUCCAAAGACAAAUCCAGCCACCAUCAAGCCCGACGUGGAUGAGUCGAAACAAUACUUUAGUAAGCAUGGUUAGAUGUCAGUCUCUAUUGAUAUUCAAGUUAAACUAUUGGCACACUCCACACAUUCUACCCGUAUACAUCUAAAUAAAGCAAAGAACAACAGAUGGA